AUGACUUCCCUAAAUCAGAAUCUGCAUGAUCAUGAUUUCAAGACUGAUGAGCUUGUGGGAAGCUUGUUUUUUAAAGCUCUUGUCACGAUAUCACUUACUCAAGCGGAUAUGUCUUACGGACUACUGAAAUUGGGCAUCUCCCGGUUCAUAGAAUUUUAUGACUACCAUGCUGCUGAGGAGUAUCUCCGAACCGUUGGAGUAGAUAGAGGGUCAAGAAUUGACGCAGAAUCGCGAAAGGUUGUUUUUCAACAGCUUGGAUUCAUUUGUCGCUCGUUUCCACCAUCAAGUAGCUAUCAAGUCAUGCAAGAGCUACUCAAAUUUGGUCGAGGAAAUCGGAUAGUAGAUAAAGCGAAUUCGGCCAAGUGUGUCCUCUCUGGCACAUUCACGCGAUUCCGAGAUGACCAUGACAAUCAGGGACACGAAUCUCUGCCCGAUGAGUUGUUGCCAAGAUAUACUUCCAUAUUACAUGAAGAGGGUCAAAAACGCAAUGUGGAUAUAAGACGAAGCAUUUCAGUGCUUAGCCUGGAACCUCCACGAAUGAAAGCCACCAUCUCAUUUGGUGCUUUAGAAGCAACGGGCAUUGGUCGAACCAAGAAGAUUGCUGGUCAUUUGGCAGCAAAGGAAAUCUGUGACAAAUUGAAGUUCACUGGUUAA